AUGGGUGAGCUAGAAACGAGUAAAGUCCUGAAUCAAGAACUUGACCUUAUUAAAGGCGGUGAUACUCGUUGGGGAUCUCACUACAAGUCGUUUGGAAACUUUAUUAGUAACUUUGCCUCUAUUGUUGACGUACUUGAUACUCUUGUUGCAAAUGCAAGUACUCCGGAUGAAAGAGCUAGUGCAUCGGGAUUUCUCAGAAGUUGUCAAACGUUUGAGACUGUUUUCUUUUUUCAUUUGAUGACUGAUGUUUUAAGAAUCACAUAUGAACUUAAUGUGUCAUUACAGAAAAAGGAACAGGAUAUUGCAAAUGUCAUGACUCUUGUGAAGGUUUGCAAGAGAAGGUUGCAAGCUUUAAGAGAUAAUGAAUGGGAUUCUCUCUUAGAAAAGCAUUCUGGAUGGGAUUCACUUAAAGGAAAGCGGCAAAUGUAG